AGAGCUACGGGAACUGCUUUGGCAAAAAAAGAUGAAAAUCAAGUUCAAAGAUCGUAUGACUAACCUAGCGCUACUUUGGUCCAUUCUGCUAUUGGUAGCAAAGAGUUUGGGUCAGGCUGGUGGCUCGCAAGUGCGGCUACUGCGACCGACUUUCCGCCCUCUGUCACUGCCUGUGCUGCCUUGCUCGAUUUCCCUGGAGAGUAGUCAGAUUGCGCAGGUCAGAGCCGAAAGUGAUUUUAUCCAGUCCAUCCAGAGCAAUCCCGAUCUGCUGCACAGCGAAGUCUCCCAACGGCCGGUGGUGACCCUGACACAGGGGCAGGAGCGCCAGUUGCUCCAGCGCUACCCUCAGCUGUUCAAGCAGCAGGCCGUCACUCUGCCGGUCAUUUCGCCGGUCAUUCCGCCGGUCAUCGCCCGGCAUCGGAGAGAUCUCCCUGGCAGGGUCUGCGCGCCACGGCAAGGAUCGCAACCGCUCAUCUUGGCACGCCAGGCCAACGGCCAAGUCGUUCAACUGGCACAGCUGACAAAUAGCAAUCAGUGGAUCAUGGAAGAGACGUGUUCCGCCGUGAGCGACGGUGGUAUGAACUGCGACCUGGCAGAGCGCGAGAUACCGGCGCUUUUCAUCAACCUCAGCGGCAUCCUCGCAAACGGAGGCACCAACGCAGAUUUCGACAUGGCCUACGUUGUCGUUCACUGCUGUGUUGCGGUUUCGUCGUGAGAGCGCUAACUCAUAUUUUAUUUUCAGGCUGGUUCCAGCCGGGAAUUAAGCCUACGGUCUUCUUUGCACCACUUUCAUGAACUGAUAGAUCCACUUUUGAAUUAUAUUUGCUUGAGCUUCACCUUUCGCCCCCUCCCCCACCAAAAAACAAAAACAAAAUCAUAUUUUGACACCUUAGACCAAAAUGGUCCAGGACCAACCUUACUGUAGGCUUUUUUUUUUUCGUAAAAUUUUCUGCUGACAACUUCUCCAAAAGUGCACAAGCACUGUAGCUCUCAAGCCUGGAGACACCUGCAUAGAGACAAGACUCAAGAAAUGUUCAGAUUUAGAGGUUGGAGGAAAGCCCCACAAAAUAAUCCAGGGAAAGCCCACAGAAUCAGAUAGGGAUUGAAAAACAAAAGCACAAUCUGCAUCGUGCAGCAGGGCGGAGAUUUUCAGGCCAAUGCUCAGGUUUUGAAUGGGGUAGCCUAUUUUUGAACACAGACACGUCAUUGAGAAAUAGGACUGACAUUUGCGAACAGGUUGUAUGUUCUACUUGCUAUUCUGUUAUGGUUCAGAAAGGCAGAUCGAGAAGUAUUCUAAGAAGAUAACUGAAGAGAUUAAGAAGAUAAUAAGCCCCGUCGUACUUUGUUUAGCCUACGUGUGUGCUUUCCUAUGGUGCUCAGCGGACGGUGGACGUACCCCCACUGGCUCCAUAGGAAAGUGCACGUGUAAACCGUGUGACGUCAUUUUAGUACAGAGGCUUAUUCAGGCCUAACUCGUUACACCAAUGUUAUGAGAUGAGUUAACGUUUUAAUGUUAUUAUUGCCGUUGUUUUUUUUCAUGCAUAUUCUUGUUUGAUUUACUGCCAUGAAGUAGACUUCAAACUGCAACUGAAAUAACUAAAGAAACCUUACUCGUAACUGAUUAUGAGAAGAAUAGUUGACGCUUUGAUAUUAUUAUUGCAGUUUUUUCUUUUAUAUUAUUUUUGUUUAAUAUUGCCAUUCCU